AUCCCGAUCGCCAACGUCUCGCCCUCACUCGUGCUCAUGGGAAAACCAGACGUAUUCACACCAAAAAGAACAAGGCAACACGGUGCCAAAAAGGGGACCAGUGAAGUUGUUUUUGAGCCGAGGCCCAGCAAAAACUUUUCAGCCAGUUCACCUCGCUUGAAUCCGGCGAACCCCAACAGGCCAAAACCCACCAGGCUAAAACCUCUCCUCCGGCGUCUGGCUUCCACCGCCCGCCAGGUCGCCACCCCUCCCCGCCGUCAGUUCGGGCCACAUCAACCAUGCGCGGUCGUAUUUACCUCCUCCCGCGCCUCCUCCUCCGCCGCCACAUCCACCGCCGCGCCAAACCAUCGUCCCCUCCCCCUCCCCCUCCCCCCAACCCGCCGCGGCCGCCGCAGAAGCCCGAGCCCGUAUCCAUCCACGGGGAGACGUGGCACGACAGCUACGCUUGGAUGGGCGCGCUGUCCGACGCCGCCGCCAUGCGCCACAUGGACGUCCACAUGGAGGCCGAGGAGAAGUACGCCGAGGCCUGCCUCGCCGCCUGCGGCGCCGACCGCCUCGCCCGGAAGCUCCAGCUCGAGAUGGCCUCCUGCCUUGCCUCGGACUCGUGCACGCCGCCCGUCCGCUGGGGCCCCUGGCUGUACUACCGGCGCGCGGACGAGGGCAAGCAGUACCCCGUGCUCUGCCGCCGCUCCGCCGCGCUCCAUAGCGAGUUCGUCUCGUACAGUGACCCUUCCGCAGGUUUCGACUUCACGGCUGGGAAGCGCAUCGAGCAGAAAUUGGUGGAUUACAACAAGGAGGCCGAGCGGUUCGGAGGAUACUCAUAUGAGGAGCUGUCUGAAGUAUCUCCAGAUCACAGGUUCAUUGCAUACACAAUCAUUGGUUUAUGUUGUUACAAAUGAGGAAAGAAGACCAUAUAGGUUGUUUUGUAGCAUGAUUGGAUCCAACAAGGACGAUAUUCUCCUGUUGGAAGAACAUGAUGAGAAUAUUUUUCUAAAUAUCAGACAUACGAAGGAUUUUCGAUAUAUAACAUUAAAUGUCUUUUCAGACACUCACUCAAAGGUGUAUUUAAUAAAUGCUUCUGAUCCCCUGUCCCAAAUGACGCUUGUAUGGGAAGGUGAAUCCCAAGUUCAUUGCAUUGUUGAGCAUCAUCGUGGACACCUUUAUUUGUUUACAGAUGCUGCAAGAGAUGGUGUCCCUGUUGAUUCCCAUUAUGUAAUGCAGUCUGUUGUGGAAUCUUCUGGGCCGAAUAGUUGGAAGAAUGUUUUUGUCGAGGAACCUGGUGUCAUUCUUGAAGAUGUUGAUUUUUGUGAUACUCAUAUGGUGCUUACUCUUAGACAAGGAAGAAAACUCAGACUUUGUUCAGUUAAAUUGCCUCUAACUGAAGGCAUCAAAGUACCUACUCGUCUAUCAGAUUUGCAUCCAAUUGACCUGCCUCUUCCCAGUGAUGUGUGUCAGAUUGUAUCUGGGCCGAAUUAUGAUUAUUAUUCCUCAACAAUGCGUUACACGAUAUCAUCGCCUGUGAUGCCUGAUGCUGUUGUUGACUACAAUUUGCUGAACGGACAGUGGCAAAUAGUCCAACAACAAAACAUGCUUCAUGAGCGAACAAGAGCACUAUAUGGAACUGCUUUUGCUGCAAAUAUGGGCAGGCAAUCCUCAGAUAAAGAAAUUUUUUCAAAUGAUGAUUUUGUUGGUUGUGCUUGGAAUGAGCUCUCUGAAUACUAUGCUUGUGAAUACUAUGAUGUUCCAUCAAAAGAUGGUGUUUUGGUUCCACUAACUUUAGUAUACUCGCGGAAGCACAAGCAAGAUGGAAAUCCAGGAUUACUUCAUGGACAUGGUGCUUAUGGUGAGAUUCUGGAUAAACGUUGGCGCAGUGAGUUAAAGACUCUACUAGAUCGUGGUUGGGUGAUUGCAUAUGCUGAUGUUAGGGGUGGGGGAGGUUAUGGUAAGAAGUGGCACCAAGAUGGUUCACGUACCAAAAAAAUGAAUUCUGUAUAUGAUUUUGUUUCUUGUGGAGAGUUUCUUCUUGAAAAGGGUAUCAUACAAGAAAAUAAGCUCACUGGAUGGGGAUAUAGCGCUGGAGGACUUCUGGUGGCCUCGGCAAUUAAUUCUCGUCCAGAUUUGUUUCGUGCUGCUGUUUUAAAGGUCCCUUUCUUGGAUGUUUGCAACACCCUUCUUCAUCCUAUUCUACCUCUUACAGCCAUUGAUUAUGAAGAGUUUGGGUUUCCCGUUGAUCAUGAGGAAUUCCUUGCAAUCAGGAAGUAUUCUCCUUAUGAUAACAUCCAGAAGGAUGUUCCUUACCCAGCUGUGUUUGUGACAUCAUCAUUCAAUACAAGGUUUGGUGUUUGGGAGGCAGCUAAAUGGGUUGCAAAAGUCCGUGAAUUUACUCAAUAUGAUCCAGAGAGGCCGGUAAUUCUCAACUUGACAACAGAUGUUGUAGAGGAGAGCAAGUAUUUGCAGACCAAGGAAUUAGCAUUGGAGACAGCUUUCCUGAUUAAAAUGGUUUGCAAUGUGUGAACAACAUGUGUGAUGUAUCUUAUCAUUCGGAAUCAAACCCUGUUGGUCAAAGAUGGGAAGUUCAGGCUACAAUUUCAGUCCUCUCCAUCCUAGGCACCUGAGCUAUUAAUCGGUUAAUUGGAGCUUUGUGAGCUUUUGCAGAAUUCCUGAAGAAAUUGUAUGUCCAUAUUUCCUAAAUCAUGAGGUAUCUCCAUACGUGCCAUCUAUCCCCAGAUGGCAUGGUCUUCUGUCACAACUUACAAUGGGUGCCUAGUGGACUAGUGGUAUUAUGUUCAUUUGUGAGUGAAUCCAGAUAUCUGUUAUAGUGUUAUCUCAGGGGACAUGCUGACUGUUGAACAAGUCCACAAACAUACGAUUAUAGAGCCUCUACAUUAUACUACAAUAAAAUGUUGAUCUCGUCCAUGAUGGUAAAAAUUACCUUUGUAUUCUGGAAGCAUCUUACUCAUGGUUUGUUAGCUAUACAUCAAGUCAAGUUUUGCUAUCUUCAGUAUUUCAACCAUGGGAUUUGACAUCAAAUGUCUGACGACUAGUUGUGGCAAUGGAAUAUGGUGCAUCUACUCAUAUAUUGAUUUCAACUUAAUAGUAUCCGAGAAUGCACUGUGCCAGAGACAGAACAGAACACAAAGCCAGCUUCUUGUUGGGCCGAAUGGAAGAGGGGGGAGGUCAUCAGUUAUAGGAGCUGAGCAUCUGAUUCUGACUGAUGUUUUGUGAGUGGAACUUCUAGAAACGAUAGUUUGCAAAUGUACCGCGAUCGUGUAAGCACAAUAUAUUUGAAGAUUCGGUUGGAAAAGAUAUUCAUCCUAUGCAAGUGAGCUGAGCUGAGUAUGAUACAAAUACAUUGCGCAUUGCUCAAUGUAUUGAUGCUCAUGUCUUUGUUGCAAAUUGUGGAGUUCCUAGUGCACUGUUCAGAACAGGAUAGAACAUGUGGAGUUGUCAUUUAAAUAUAUACGGUAUGCUUGGCUGUAAGUUCAUUU